UGGAGUUUGUUGUCGGUGUUCGGGUGUUGUGUUUCUGUGUUUUAUUUGUUUAGCGAUGAUCAUGUUCAGAAUAUGAUUCCUUCCGGGAAAGAGUAGUUUAGAGUAUCAUAUUUGGGAAAAAUAUUAAGAAAGAACAUUUUUAGGUGCCAACACUUUGUCAACAUUCCGAUUGCGCCCUAUAAUAACUUCAUGCGCUAAUUCACGAGUAUACUGGAGGCAUAGGCAAAAUGAACUUUGCCAGGUGUUUAUGUUUUCUCGAAUCGAACGUCUACAUUAAAAAUUUCGGCUUGCAUGUUGCAUUCAAAACAGAAGAGCAAUUUUACAACAGUUAUGGGAAAACGUUGUCGGAAAUGGGUUGUACCGAUCUCGGGCCAGUCGUGAAAGAAAUAAAAGCGGAACUCGAAAGGCGGAGGAGAAUACCCCAGGAUUCCAUUGAAAGGGCUGAUUAUAUCAAGUCAAAUUAUAAGCCCCUCCAUCAAGAUAUUUUUGAACUUCAGGAAAAUUUCCUGCACCCUGAUCUCUUGGGAAUGUUGAAUUAUUUCAACCAUGGAUUAAUGGAUAAGGCAGCUACACUGUACAAGAAUCAUGGAGUUGAAGUCUUCUCAUUCCCUAUUUUUAGUGUUGAAUUUUGCACCAAAUUCAUUGCUGAAAUCAAUCAUUUCAAUAAAACUUCUAUGCCGAAAGGACGGCCCAACAGUAUGAACAACUAUGGUGUCCUCCUAGAUGAAUUGGGCUUCAAUGAACGUUUGCUGACACCUUUAAGAACGAAAUAUCUGGAACCUUUAACCCGGUUUCUCUUCCCGCAUGAAAACAUUAAGGCUUUUGACUCACAUAAAGCAUUCACCGUUGAUUAUGAAGAAAAUAAAGAUACGGAUCUCGGUUUUCAUUUCGACAACGCCGAGAUGACGGUUAAUAUUUGCCUUUUGGCGGAUUGUGAAGGCGGAGAAUUAUUUUUUGGCGUUCCUAAUGACUGUGAUAAAGGUUUUGGCUACGUACAUGAGCAAGGACGAGGUGUGAUACACCGGGGAUCAGCUUUUCACUGCGUCCUGCCGUUAGUGACUGGUCGCCGCGUAAAUCUGGUCAUUUGGAUGCGCUCUUCAUUGGUUCGUAAUUUGAAAUGUCCAAUGUGCGGGAAAACACCUACUUUAGAACCUGUUGAUAAAGGAUGGGGAGACGGAUUUACUAUCAAAAAUUAGAAAUUGUUGGCAAAAUGAAAUGUUUCGAUAUGGUUCCGGCGGAUUAAAUUUAUACUUUUUUGUAUGUUGUAUUACCGUGUUAUUAAACAUAAGCGAAUACGUA